UCCUGAGGUGCUCUGGAAGGAGGAGCAGCUCCACCCUGGGAGGGGCUGUGGCCCAGGUGCUGCCUGGAUGCUACUUUAUGAGCAGCAGCUCAGUCUAGAGCCGGAGUCUGGAAGACCUCGGAAGACCUCGUGUCCUAUCAGGCCCUCCCCAUGGAUUUAGAAACAGUCAGCCACCCCUGUGGGAAAAGACCCUGCAAGAUGCAAGCCUUCAGAAUCUGGGAUAUUAACCAGAAGACCUUCUACCUGAGGAACAACCAACUAGUUGCUGGAUACCUGCAAGGACCCAAUGUCUAUUUAGAAGAAAAGAUAGAUGUGGUACACAUUGAGCCUCAUUCUCUGUUCUUGGGAAUCCAUGGAGGGAAGAUGUGCCUGUCCUGUGUCAAGACUGGUGAUGAGACCAGACUCCAGCUGGAGGCAGUUGACAUCACUGACCUGAGCAAGAACAAAAAGCAGGACGAGCGUUUCACCUUCAUCCGCUCAGACAGCGGCCCCACGACCAGUUUCGAGUCUGCUGCCUGCCGGGGCUGGUUCCUCUGCACGGCGAUGGAUGCCGACCAGCCCGUCAGCCUCACCAAUACGCCCAACAAGGGCAUCAUGGUCACCAAAUUCUACUUCCAGGAGGAUGAGUAGUACUGCCCAGACCUGCCUGUUCCCAUCCUAGCAUGGCAAGGACUGCAGGAACUGCCAGUUCCCCUGCCCCAGGGUUCCUGGCUGAGGGGACACUGAGGAGCAGCCAUUGCAGGGUAGACCCUGAGAAGGAGGCACCAGAGUUCAGUCGCAGGACUCUGCCUCCAGCCUCUUCAACUGACCAACCUCCAUGCUGCUUCCAGAAUAGUCUUUCCAAAGUGUGAAUCGGAGCACAGCAGCCCCUGCGCAAAGCCCUUCCAUGUCACCUCUGUGUUCAGGAUCAAACCCCAACCACCCGCCCAGCCUGGACUCCCUCUGCUCUCCUCUCCCCACCGCCUCCUCCUCCCUCAAUCCACAUACCCAUGCCCCAGAUCCAUCAGGCCACUUGCUGACCCCCCACCCAAUGGCUCCAACACCCUGUUUUACAAACAAAUGCCAGUCCAUGAGGAAGGUUUUUUAAAGGUUUGUGGAAAAUGAAAAUUAAGAAUUUCAUGAUUUUUUUAAGUCCAUGUAAGGAGAGCCCUUCAUUUGGAGACGAUGUUCUUUCUGGGAGAGGCUGAGAGCUUAAAAUAUUCCUGCAUAUGUGAAAUGAUGGUAAAAGUAGAUGAUAGCUUUUCCCUUUUAUUCAUCUUUUUGUAAUGUACAAACUUGUAAAAAUUAUGUGUUACGGAACCAUGUUGGCGCCAUAUAUAUGUAUUUUUUUGCCCUUUAAAACACUUCCAUUAUCUGGACUCCUCUGUCCAGGCGCUGCUGCCCAGGCUCCGAGCUCCAUCUCCACUCCAGAUUUUUUGCAGUUGCCCACAGUACUUUACCUCCUAUCAACUCCAAAGGCUCUGAGCAAAUGUGGCUCCUGGGAGUUCUUUCCUCCUCUGCUGGAAAGAACAAGUUGCUCCUUGACAUUGAAGAGCUUCUGGCACUUCGAGACUUGUAUGAAAGAGGGCUGUGGCUCUGCCUGUCUUCCUCACUAGGCUGGGAGCUCUACAGAGCCGGGAGCAUGACUUGUAUGUGUCUCAGUUCCCUGCAGGGCCGAGUACCUAGCCUCGCUCUUGGCAGGUACUCAGCGAAUUAGUGCUGUAUAUGCGAAUGAGUGCUGUAUAUGUUAGGUGCAAAGUUUCCUACUCCCUGUGACUUCAGCUCUGUUUUACAAUAAAACCUUGGAAAUGCC